AUGGCUGCCCUUCAUAUACUUGACUCCACCGAUCUAAUCGCGACCGACGACGAGACCGAGGGCAACUUCACUGCUACAAGUAGUUGCAGUAUCUCCCUGAAGAGUAGCAGUACUACUGGCAUCAGUUCCAUGGACACAUCCGAGAUGAGAUUUGUCAAUUCGAAUGGUACUUUGGACGAUUUCUUUGGGGAUCAAGAUCAAGAAAAUGAUGACGAAGAGGAGGAGGAAGAGGAAGAAGAAGAAGAAGAUGAUGAAGAUGAAGGUCAUGGCUCUGGGAGUGAGAAAGACGAUUUGGAUCUACAAGUUACUAUCACUUUGGAUGGACAAAGGCAGUUCAAAUUCAGUGAGAGGGCGGAUGAAAAAGAAAAUGUAAAUGAAUCCGAGCAGAAAAAAGAUGAAGAAUAUCAACCAGAUGGUCAUAAAGCCCUUGAACAAGAGACCAAACUUACUCAGGAGGGGAUGAAAGACCCGCAGCUCGAGCUUUCUGCUCCCAUGAAAUAUUAUUUGAGGCCUGUUUGUACCAUCGGUAAGUUGCUUUUGCUUAGAUUUCAAUCGCGAUUUGCAAUCGUGAUAUUUUUGACAUUAAAUUAAUAAUUCAAUUUCUAUUAUCGAUUAUUUUUAUAGGAACAGGAACUUUUGGGAGAGUCUCGUUGACUCGGCAUAACGUAACUGGUCAUUAUUAUGCUCUGAAGGCUCUUUAUAUUCCCUCAAUCAUCGACCGGCGUCAAGUCCAACAUGUUCACAAUGAAAAAAGAAUUCUCGAGAAAUUGGAACACCCCUUCAUCGUUAAGAUGUAAGUAAGAAAUGUUUUUAAAGUAUUUUUUAGGUACGAUACUGCCAAGGAUUCGAGGAAUCUCUAUAUGAUCAUGGAAUUCCUUGCCGGAGGCGAGUUAUUUGCAUACUUGAGGGCCACCAAGGUAUUCCCAAGCUCCAUGGUUAAGUUCUACGCUUCUGAAGUGAUAUUGGCACUGGAAUAUCUACAUGGAUUACAUAUUGUAAGCCAUUUACUAUCGUUUGAUUAGCCUGUUUUUCUUAAAUCUUGGAUUGUUUGUUUUUUUUUGCAGGCAUAUCGAGAUUUGAAACCCGAGAAUCUAAUGAUGACUCAGGAAGGCCAUGUGAAAUUAACGGAUUUUGGGUUUGCCAAGGAAAUCCAUAACAAGUGAGCGGUUUUUAUGACAUUAGGACCUGAAAAUACUUGUAUUUUUGAUACCCAGCUUUUUCACUUGAUUUCAAUUAAUUCCUUCUCUAAAUUUCCUGGGGGCAAGAGUCCUAGAUUUGGCCGGAAGUGAUUAAACCUUCCUAAAAUACAGUAGUGAUUGAUUAAUGCGGAGGUGAGAAUCAGAACGUCAUCCCCCGCUCGAGUCCGGUAACAGCUGGCCCUUUUCUGGACUGCCGGACAGUUGUUUUCGAGGCUCCUCAGGUUGUCAAAAAAUAAGAAGAAAACAAAACUUCGAGUUUUCAAAAAAUAAAAAGUAGUGCUGAUGAUUUGUAACAUGACAAAGGUUAAACAUUGUAUAAAAUAAAUAUUGGUUUAAGAUCUUACACCUUAUGUGGAACUGCCGAAUAUCUGGCCCCAGAGUUGGCCAACCGCUCGGGCCAUAACCAUUGCGUCGAUUAUUGGGCCCUGGGAGUUCUCAUCUUCGAACUUAUCUGCGGAUAUCCACCUUAUUCUGGAAGUGAUGCAGACGUCGUCCAAGAUACGAUAAUCCAGCAAGGUGGAGUACCCGAAUUCCCAAAGAAAACAUUCAGUGCCAAUGCCAAGUAGGAACACAACACUUGAUUUUAUAUUAUUUCAGAGACAUUGUGACCCGAUUAUUGGCAGUAGAAAUGACUGAAAGAUUGGGGUACAAAGGUAUCCAUCAGAUCAAAGAACAUCCCUGGUUCGAGCAAAUUGAAUGGGAGAAGAUGCUCCAGAUGGCAAUCAAGGUAGGGCAGGCUUUUUGUAGAGAUCAGAAGUCUUCAUGGAUGAAAAAAAAUUAUUUUUUUCAGCCUCCUCUCAGCCCCACUGUAUAUCACGAAGGAGACACUGGCAACUUUGAUACCUAUGCUGAAGAGGAAACCCGAGCUGCAGCCAAGCAAAGAGAUCUCGACUUGUUCGAUGAAUGGUAG